UCGUCAGGGAACCAUCAAAAAGAUGCCUCCAAAGAAGAACGUCGUCGAGGAGAAGCCCGCGUUGAUCGGACGUCUUGGUACCAACCUUAAAGUCGGAAUUCUGGGUCUUCCGAACGUUGGAAAGUCGACAUUCUUCAAUGUGCUCACCAAAUCCGAAGCACAGGCUGAAAACUUCCCGUUCUGCACCAUCGAUCCGAAUGAGAGCAGAGUAGCCGUCCAAGAUGAUCGUUUCGAUUGGCUUGUGAACCACUACAAGCCAGCUUCAAAGGUUCCAGCUUUCCUGAAUGUCACAGAUAUUGCUGGUCUUGUGAAGGGAGCUUCAGAGGGUCAAGGACUCGGAAAUGCUUUCCUUUCUCACGUAUCCGCCUGUGAUGCACUUUUCCAUCUGUGCCGUGCUUUCGAUGAUGACGAUGUUACUCACGUUGAGGGAGAAGUCGAUCCAGUCCGUGACUUGGAAAUUAUCAGCAACGAACUGUUCGCCAAGGAUCUUCAAUUCAUUGAUGGUCCACUUGAUAAAGUUGAGAAGCUUUUCACUCGUGCCAAUGAUAAAACGAAGAAAAUUGAAUACGAUACACUUGUCCGAGUGAAAAAGUGUUUGGAAGAGAAAAAACCAGUUCGUCAAGAGCUCUGGAACGAGAAAGAAAUCGAAAUUCUCAACAAACACCUCUUCCUGACCGCCAAGCCAAUCGUUUACUUGGUUAAUUUGUCUGAAAAGGAUUAUAUUCGUAAGAAGAACAAGUGGCUUCCAAAGAUCAAGGCAUGGAUCGAUACGAAUGACGCCGGAGCAGUACUCAUUCCAUUUUCUGGAGCAUUUGAGCUCAAACUUCUCGAUAUGCCAGAAGAUGAGCGUCAAAAAUAUCUCAAGGAGCAAGGAGUCACGUCGAAUCUUGAUAAAAUUGUUCAUACCGGAUACAAAGCUCUUCAACUUGAAUAUUUCUUUACUUCUGGAGAAGAUGAGGUGAAAGCAUGGACAAUUCAAGUUGGAACGCCUGCACCAAAAGCCGCAGGAAGAAUUCAUACGGAUUUCGAGAAGGGUUUCAUUAUGGCUGAAGUCAUGAAAGUUGCCGAUUUGAUCGAGUUGGGAGAUGAGGCUAAGUGCAAAGCCGGCGGCAAAUACCGUCAACAAGGAAAGACGUACAUUGUUCAAGACGGUGACGUCAUCUUCUUCAAAUUCAAUGCCGGAGCCGGUCUUCAAGCCAAGAAGAAGUAGAAUUGGAAAAUUUCCCAAAUUGUUCAUUGCCCGGGGUUCCCAAAUUUCCUGUUUAGUAGUCAUUUUCCGUUUGUUUUUCUUAUUUUUUCCCGAUAAAUUUAAAGUUUUUAUUGUUAUUUGCGCAUAACUUGUUCCCCCGCCCCCGCAAAAAUUGAUUUUUGAUAAUUUUAUAUCAUAUUUAAUGAACUUUUCAAUGUUUUCAGUUGGCCGCAGA